GUCGCUUUUUACCUUGCAUUUGUUACGCACCUUAGUACGCAAGUAUACGGAGUACUCCUUCACUUACUGGCCAGCCUGGAUAUCAUCAAGCCCUUGUGCCUGUCUUUUCCAGCCGGUUCCAGUCGAAAUUUAAAAACGUGCAGAAAAAAAAGAGUACAUUUCUUGCUCCAGUAACCGUACUCCCUCGGUCUAGAGAUCGACAAACCUCACCUAUUCCUGACCAAGUACGGAUACCUACGCCCCUACUACUUCGUACGCCUUCUCUUCUCCCGGGGCCCAGACCAGGUUUUCCCGCCAUUUUUACGGUUUACCUCAUCGACCUCUCCACGUCCCAAAAACUUAACAUUCCUCACUCUUCCGCCCGAUACUUUCUCGCUCCUUUUCUCUUUUCCCUACCUUACACCACACACACCUCGGCUUAUCUGAUCAAACUUAUCUGAUCAAGAAUUCCCCAACCUGGUUUCAUCCAUCUGACAACCCACAGCCACUCACCAAUUCCUACAAGACCCCUUCUGUCCCGCUCUCACCACAGCAUGCUGAGGACCUACUGACUAUCCGCCCCUCCAUCCUUUCACUCACGUAUACUUUACGCCGUCCUCUACGCCAAAGUCUUUUGGCCCACGGUCACCCACAAAAGUCGUCUAGGUCAUCGGUAUCCGUAUUUCCGCCACCUAAACAACAUCCUCGACGACAUACGCAAAAACAUCGCCAUGCACAGCACGAUGGCGACCACGGCCAUGGCUUCUCAGCUCAUCGGGGCUACCAGCAACUGCAUUCCCGAGGAGCCCAGCGUUUCUUCCGUCGCACCCUCCCUCACCUACUCGGAAGAGUCAGAGGAUCAAGAUGAGGAAAUCCAAGUCCCUAGGAGGCGGCGCGCUUCUACACGCCUCAUUGCCCAGAGCCCUGCCGACAUCCAGCGUAUCACGGGCGAAUCGACAGCUCAAUUGAUCCAGAGAUGCUGCGGUGGCGGCUGUUGCAUGAAGUUGGGCGCCAAGAAGGAGGGUCUCGAGUACGAGAGCAUCCCCUUUCCCGAUAACCACGCGUACAAGUCACUCGCCCUUAAGAUUGGCGACAUUCCCACAAAGUUGACCAACAUCGCCGACCUGCCCGAGCAAACCGUCUUCUUCGAGCCCGUACCUCGUUCCACUGCGACUACUGCCGUCGCCUCGUCUCCAACAGACUCAGCAAUUUCUCUGGGUGCUGAUGCGCGCGAGGACAAGACGGCAGAGGCACUCGCCACCGUCCAGAGCCAGCUCAAGGACUUCACAAUCGACAACAUCGAUACCGCCCGAGAGCCCCCCAGAUACGUUCAGCCUCACCCGCCUUACCACGUCUACGCCGCCCGCAUCGACUCGACCCGUGAGUUGACUAAGCCCGGCGCCGAGAAGCGCACCUACCACUUCGACCUCGAUAUCACAAGCUACCCGGGCGAGGAGGACAUGGACUUCAGGGUCGGCGGUGCCAUUGGUGUUAUGGCACCCAACGAUAAGGAUUGUGUCGACGAUGUUUUCGACGCCCUCAUGGUGCCUCGAUUCCUUCGGGACAAGCCGGUCCUGAUGAAGACCACCAAGGGCCGCUGGCCUACCGUGUGGGGCGACGACCAGGCCCGUGAGAUGGUCACCACGCGCCGGGACUUGCUUACCUGGUGCUCCGAUAUCCAGUCCUACCCCCCGACCAAGCAGCUUCUGCGCAUUCUUGCCGAGUACGCCGAGGACCCUAAUGAGAAGAAGUUGUUGACGUACCUUUGUGCCGCCGAAGGCCAGGGCGUCUUCUGCGACUUCCGCACCGGACCCCACGUUUCCCUCUCCCAGCUCUUGCACGCGUUCCCCAGCUCCCACCCACCCAUGGACCUCCUGCUGUCUUCCCUGCAGACAUUGAUGCCGCGCUUCUACUCUCUGUCCAACGACCCGCACGACGCUUACAAAACGCGCGAUGGCAAGGUGCAUCGGCUGAUCGAGAUUGCCGUCACGGUUCAUGAGACAGCUGACUGGCGUCGCGGUCUCCGUACCGGUAUCGGCUCCGGUUUCUUCGAGCGCCAGGCCCAGAAGUGGUUGGAGGCGAAGCGCAACGGAGAAACCCCAGAGAUCCACAUCCCCAUGUUCAAGGGUCUCAUGGCCAACCCUCUGGCCAAGCAAUUCGUCUCCGACGGCCCCAUGCUCCUCAUCGGUGCUGGCGUUGGCAUCGCUCCGUUCAGAGGCUUCGUCCAGCGUCGCUUGAAGACGGCCAACUGCGCAAACAAGGUCUGGGUUCUCCAGGGCAUCCGCGACUCGCUCGUCGACGAGAUUUACAGUGGCGAGUGGGGCGUUCACGAGGACGAGGUCAAGCGUGUUGUCCAGAGCCGUCGCGGCGAGAGUCGUUACGUCCAAGAAGAGGUGCGCAACCAGGCCGACCUGGUAUGGUACAUAGCCAAUGCCGUCGACGGUCGCGUCUUCGUGUGCGGAAGCACUAAGGGCAUGGGCGAGGGCGUUGAAGAGGCUCUCGUCGACGUUGCCAUACAAAAGGGCAACCUCGAGCGUGAGGAGGCCAAGAAGUACUGGGAGCUCAAGAAGGAGGCCGGCCAGUACAUUGCUGAGACGUGGUAAGGUGCUGGUGGGCGGGCAGACCCCGCCACUUGAUAAGUCUGGCACCCUUCCACCAAAGGCCCCAAAAGUCCGCAAGUCCCGGAGAAGGGUGCGAACUCGGGGAUUUAAUGGUCGGGGCGGGCGGCUUACUGCUGACGCGGACGAUCAAUCGAUGCCUGGCGCUGCUGUGCCACCGAACUCGGACAUAAAAACGGCUUCGGUCUCAUCGGACGUAAGAGACUAAAUGCCAACAGGAGCGCAUGGCGACAAAAACCACAAAAAAGGUCGAUGACCCCCCGAAACAUAUUAAGAGCAUGGGGGUAUGGAGAGGGAUGCAACCUCGUAACAAAAAGGGCAACAACCUAGACGGCGUUUUCGGGCGGGUUCAAGGGACAUGAUUUUCUGACAAGCAAAAAAGACAUUGGGCUGUUGCGAGACAGGGUUUUUCUUUUACGUUGUUUUGUCAACUACAGCAUGACGGUCGACGGGAGUCAAAAUGGGUUUUCAAAGAAGGCAUUCAUUGGAUUGCAUUCACCUUGGGUGCUGUUAGUCGCAGCGUCCAGUCUCGAGCAUGUAUGUAGUAUACCUUAGGCGAUGGCUUUCACUGUAGCAUUAACACACUGUUCAACAAUCGAAAGUUCAUGAGGUUCGUGAGACUUGAUUGUAGUGAGUUCAGGCCUUGGGUAAGAAGCUAUGGUAAUGGGC